CGAAUCGCGAUUAUCAGCUCGGAGCGAUGCCGUCCCAAAAAGUGUCGUCAAGAAUGUAAAAAGUCGUGUCCAGUCGUCAAGUUGGGCAAGCUCUGUAUCGAAGUAACGCCUAAGAGUAAGCUGGCCUUCAUUUCGGAACCACUUUGUAUUGGCUGUGGUAUUUGCGUCAAGAAGUGUCCAUUCGAAGCAAUUGCGAUCAUCAAUCUUCCCAAAGACCUGAGCAAGAACACAACUCACCGCUACGGCCCCAAUUCGUUCAAGUUGCACCGCCUGCCGAUGCCCCGUCCUGGGCAAGUAUUGGGUUUGGUGGGAACCAACGGUAUCGGCAAAUCAACGGCACUCAAAAUUUUGGCCGGCAAAAUGAAGCCCAACUUGGGGCGAUUCGACAACCCCCCCGACUGGGAAGAAAUUCUUGUGCACUUUCGUGGCAGUGAGUUGCAAAACUACUUCACCAAAAUUUUGGAAGAUACCAUGAAGGCGACAAUCAAGCCACAGUACGUCGACCACAUCCCUCGGGCAAUCAAAGGAAAAGUGGGGGACAUUCUAAAGCAAAAAGAUGAGCGCUCGGAAGCGGAAGAGUGGGACGUAUUGAAUUGGGCUACGACACAAGCCGAAUUAAAUCAUUUGUUGGAUCGUGACGUUCGCAUUCUUUCCGGAGGAGAGUUGCAGCGAUUCGCUAUUGCUGCCGUGGCAGUACAAAUCAGCGAUGUGUACAUGUUCGACGAACCUUCCAGCUAUCUAGAUGUUAAGCAGCGUUUGACAGCGGCGACUAUGAUUCGUGAGAUUCUGCAAGCACCUGGCGGUGACCGUCGUUACGUACUAGUGGUGGAGCACGAUCUGGCAGUUUUGGACUACCUGAGCGACUUUGUCUGUGUUCUCUACGGAGCACCAGGAGGCUACGGCGUCGUUACUAUGCCCCAUAGUGUUCGAACUGGUAUCAAUGCCUUUUUGGCCGGUUAUAUUCCGUCGGAGAACUUGCGCUUUCGUGAAAACGCUCUCUCCUUCAAGGUUUCUGAACGAGCCGAGGCAGACUUAACAAAGAACGACGUCAUGAAGGCGUACAGCUACCCAGACAUGACCAAAACGCAGGAGCGUGGUGAAUCCAAGUUUGUUUUACACGUUGACAAGGGAGAAUUCACGGAUUCAGAGAUCAUCGUGUUACUUGGAGAGAACGGAACUGGAAAGACGACAUUUGUCCGGAUGCUUGCCGGUCUGUUGAAAAGUGAUGAACAGGUUAAGCUAGAGGAGGAAGGUAUGGAUUACGAGGCUUCUCUCGCUGGUGUUCCAGAUCUUAAUGUCAGUUACAAGCCGCAGAAAAUUUCUCCAAAAUUUGAAGGAACCGUACGUCAGUUGCUGCACAAACGAAUUCGGGACGCCUAUGUUCAUCCGCAAUUCGUCUCGGACGUUAUGAAACCUCUCGUUAUUGAGAACAUCAUCGACAACGGUGUGCAAACACUAUCUGGAGGAGAGUUACAGAGGCUAGCAAUUGCCUUGGCCCUUGGUGCCCCAGCGGACGUAUAUCUUAUCGACGAGCCAAGCGCGUACCUUGAUUCCGAACAACGUAUUAACUGCGCAAAGGUCAUCAAACGUUUCAUCAUGCACAGCAAGAAAACCGCGUUUGUUGUGGAGCAUGAUUUUAUCAUGGGUACUUAUCUUGCGGAUCGUGUGGUUGUCUACCACGGCCAACCCGGCAUUGAAGCGACCGCUUCUUCCCCGCAAUCUCUAUUAACUGGAAUGAAUCAGUUUCUGAAGAGCUUGGAAGUCACAUUCCGUCGUGACCCUGUCAAUUUUCGUCCAAGAAUCAACAAGCGAGGAUCGCAAAAAGAUGCAGAGCAAAAGAAGAACGGCAACUACUUCUUCUACGAUGAU